AUGGCGACGCUUGAUUGUAAAACGUCUGAUAAUUCUUCGAGUGAUUUUACAAAAUUGCAAGUUUUUAAUAUUAAUAAUACCGAAAUUAGUGAUGAUAAUACUGAAAAUGAUAUUCCCUUGCAAUCUUCAUGGACAUUUUGGCUUGACAAAGCCGUACGUGGUAGGACAGUGGAUGAAUAUAAAAAAAAUUUAAAGAAGGUUUAUACUGUUGACACAAUUCAAAAAUUUUGGGCUGUUUAUAAUAAUAUACCGAAAGUUUGUGAAAUUCAAAAUAAAUAUAGUUACCAUUUAAUGAGGGAUGAAAGAUUGCCACUGUGGGAAGAAACUGAUAAUCAAAAAGGUGGUACAUGGCGAUUUAGAUGUCACAAAAAUGAUACUGAAACUGUUUGGAAAGAAGUUGUUCUAGGUGCAAUCGGUGAACAGUUCAACAAAUAUAUCCACAAAAAUGAUGAAAUAUGCGGUGUUACUGUCUCAGUAAGGGAUCGAGAUGAUUUAAUUCAAAUUUGGAACGUUGACGCUGAUCUUGCUAAUUCAGCGACGAUAAUUCCAGCUGUUGUAGAGCUUUUGCCGAAGAUUAAUUUUCUUGGACAAUUUUAUAAACCUCAUCAAUUGAACUACGCCUAUGAACGUCACUGA